AUGGAUGGCUUUCCCUUGUUGGCCGUAUUCGGAUUUGGGGACGUUGUGAAAGAAUUGAUGACUCCUGGCUCGUCUAAACGCCGACUGACUGAAUCCGUCAAAGAGCUCACCAAAUUGCUGGACUGUACGCUCCAAGUGCAAAAGAACUCUGAACGUGCUUAUCAAAGCGCGCUUUCAGACGCAAUUGAAUGCCAAAAGCGGGCUUCAUCUGGACAAUGUCCAGUUUGUUGGGAGAAACAAGUCAAUCGAGCUUUGGCGUGUGGCCACGUCUACUGCUCUGCCUGCAUUCCUCGUAUGGCUCGGAACGCUGACGAAACUGAGGGAUAUGAUGCCGAAUAUGCGGCUGAAAUGAAGAAGAAGCGCCAAUUCAGAAAGUUUACUUUCCGUGGCGUUGACUUGGAUGACUUGAUGGACUUGAGCCCAGAAGAUCUGAUGAAAUUGGUACACUGUCGUGCUCGUCGCAGGUUUAUGCGUGGAUUGAAGAGAAAGCCUAUGGGUUUGAUCAAGAAGCUCCGAAAGGCAAAGAAGGAAGCUGCUGCCAACGAGAAGCCAGAAACUGUAAAGACUCACUUACGAAACAUGAUUAUCGUACCUGAAAUGAUUGGUUCCGUCGUUGGUAUUUACAACGGAAAGACCUUCAACCAAGUUGAAAUCCGAGCUGAAAUGAUUGGUCACUACUUGGGCGAAUUCUCUCUGUCCUACAAGCCCGUCAAGCACGGAAGGCCAGGUAUCGGAGCCACCCACUCCUCCAGAUUCAUUCCUCUCAAAUAA